UUCAGCAGAUUGGCAGACUGUUGUGGUGAAGGAGGCUAAACAUGGUCGAUUACUGUUGUGCACCAGAUUGCACAAAUAAACGAGGGAAAAAGAAAGGUACGUUGUUUUACCACAUUCCUAAAGUUGCGGAGAGGCAAGCUAAGUGGAUCAGAGUCAUUAAAGAGCCAAAAGCAAGCAAAACAAGACUGAAAGACCCCCCAGCCGUUGGAUUCUGCUUGUGCAGCGAUCACUUCAUAUCAAGGAGAAAGAGAGAUAAUCCCUUGAGUCCGGACUUUGUUCCAUCUAUUUUCAACAACGUUCCAUCUCCAGAGGAGAGGAAAAGAAAAAUGAGACUGGAGGUUUUCAACAGACGACAGAAAGCAAAGCUACAGAAGAUAAUAUAUCUGCGAAAGCCAUCCCUCCCAGAGCAUCAACCGAUUGUUUCCAAGACAGCAACAAGGAUCCUCCUGCAGACCAAACUCCCACCACUGAGCCCUUGAAGGAAUCUACCCAUGAAGAACCUGGAAAUUAUGUCCAGCCUGUUCUCCAUAAGGGUGAUCCUGCAUCUCCACCAUGCAGCACUGAAACCUGUGUUAAACACACCCAAUCUCUUGAGCAAGAAUAACAAGAUCUGAGGACUGAAAAUAUGUUGUUAAAGGAAAAAAAUUAUAGGACUACACUGAAUGAAAUGAGCUUGAAUAACGAUGAUAAAAGGGUUAAUACUCUCACUGGUUUAUCAACAUUUUCAAUUCUCAUGACAAUUUUUCAUAUUGUGACUCCUUUUCUCACACUUAAAUCUUGUUUAACAGGUUUUCAGCAGUACAUCUUAACUUUAAUGAAGUUUAGAAUAAACUUGUCCUUUGAAUUUUUGGCUUUUUAUUUUGACAUUGACUCAACCACUGUUUUAAAGCUCUUUAAACACUGUAUUAAUGUGAUGCAUUGUAGACUGGUGCCAAGUCUAGUGUUGUGGCCUGACAGAGAAUACUUAAGAAAAUCUCUUCCAUAUGCAUUUCGAAACAGUUGCUUUGAAAAGACAGUUUGCAUUAUAGAUUGUUUUGAAAUAUUUCUAGAGAAACCCAGUAGAUUGCUAGCCAGUGCUCAGUGUUACUCAUCAUACAAAUCACACCACACAAUAAAAUAUUUAAUUGCAAUUUGCCCUCAAGGUUCCAUUUGUUUUAUUUUCACUGGAU